AGUUGCUGGUUUUUCCUUUGAACACGGUGAAGACUUUAGCUUGGAACUUGCAUUUGUGGAGCUUCCAGCCGGCAGGAAUCAGCUCUGCCUCCUGUGGGAGAGCCCCCGGCAGAAAGGGGGUGCCCUGUGCUUGGGGGCAGAGUGAGGGCAGGAGGCAUGGAACAACCCUUGGCUGCUGCCUUCUCCCCUGUGCCCCCUUCGCCUUUUCUCUCUCUGUCUUUUUGCUUGUCUGGGGACUUGUGCUAACGCUGCCUGUGCCAGGAGGGAUCCGGGAGCGAGCUGACCCUCGGCUGCAGGAAUUGGCUUCCCACCUGCUCACAGCCUCGAGGAAGCAUCCCGUCCAUCCGAGGUGUUGUGAGGAGAAAGGCAGGAGGUGGCUUGGAACCUGCAGCGCUGAGCCCUGGCAUGUGAGGGUGGGCAGGGGGACAGCAGGCUUUUCCUCUUGCCUUCCCUGGAGAUUUGGGAUCACGCAUAGACCAUGAACGGAUCCUUUCUCAACCAGAGUCUCCUAGAGCAGGGAGCUUACCCCAACAGGACCCAGGGCUUGGGGAUGCUCAUGGCCUGCUGCAAUGGGACCAGCUCGGUGCUGGCAACCGACGGUGGCUCCUCGGUGCUGGCACCUGAUGAGAGGAGCCUUUACAUCACGCGGGUGGUGCAGAUCGCUGUCCUCUGUGUCCUCUCCUUGACUGUGAUGUUCGGCAUCUUCUUUUUGGGCUGCAACUUGCUCAUCAAGUCAGAGAGCAUGAUUAACUUCCUGGUGACGGACCGAAGACCUUCCAAGGAUGUGGGAGCUGCAAUCAUGGGACUUUACUAAAGCCACCGGACUUUUGUAGGCAAGUGAACUGUCUGGACCUGGUGCCGAGAUGCACAUUCCCAUGUGUUUGGGGCAGCUGGGGGGGAGUAAAAAGGGGGGGGGACAGGAGUCUUGUAAUAUGUCUGUGUCUAUGGGAAAGCCAACCUGUGCUUCCCAGUCAACAAACUGUCCUGGUGAACAGGGAGAUCUUCCCAGUGUUGUCUGAAGCACAAUAAAUGACCAGCAUUGUGUUGCAUGCAGAAAUGGCUUAAGUUUUGCAUGAAACUUGCAGAAACAGUGACAAUGUGCAGAUCUGGACUCUUUUCUGCUGUUACCUUGGAUACUGCUACCUGGGAUUUAGGGCUAAAAAAAAAAAAAAACAACAACAAAAAAAAAGGCACAAAAAAAAAAAGGGAAAUAACUUUACUACAAAAAGAAAAUGAAAAGAACAAACUAAAGGGAAAGCAACAUGCAUGGCAUGGACCACGGCUUGGACCAUGGGGCAGGGGAAGGGAAGUGCUGUGUGGGUUGUACAACAAAGUCUGCACGCUACAAAAUGUGCCAGUCUGUUUCUAUGUGGGUCCUCAAGCAUGCAUCUUCUGGUAGAGUUUUGUCAUGGGGAAAGCAUGUUCUUCCUUAUUUUCCUGAGCUACCCUGUUAAAUAAAGCAGUCCUUUCUUCUUUCACACUCCGCUGAAGGACGAAAAGAACCCAGGUAAAUGCAAAAGACCACUCCAACCCCAAAACAAAAGCAUGCUUGGUUUUGUACACAACAGCCUUUUCUCAAGUGUUCUAUUGUUACAAUCCUUGAGGUUUUUGUAGUUUUUUUUGAAAACUGGUGACCAUUCAGGAAGAAAAAGAACCUGUUUCAAAAGAA